GGCUCUUGUCCUUACAAAAGGAGAAUAAGGACAGGCAUGGUGGCUCCCUACUGCUAGUAGGGAGGCAGAGGCAGGUUCUACAAAGGGCUGCAUGGUGACACCUUGUAUCAAAAAAAUUUAAUAUGAGUGAAAAAAAUGCUUUUUGUUUUUGUUUUUCUAGACAGGGUUUCUCUGUGUAGCCCUGGCUGUCCUGGAACUCACUCUGUAGACCAAGCUGGCCUUGAACUCAGAAAAGAAAUCUGUCUGUCUCUGCCUCCCACGUUCUGGGAUUAAAGUCGUGUGCCAUCAUUGCCUAGCGAAAAAAAAGUUUUUUGAGGCAGGGUCUUCUUAACUAUGCAGACCUAGCUGGCCUGGAACUGGCUUUAUAGACCAGGUUGGCCUCGAAUUUAUGGAGAUGUGCUUGCCACUGCCUGUGCCUCCAGGUUGCUGGAGUAAGAGGCAGGGAGCUAUCACAUCUAGUAUGCAAAUAUAAUUUAAACAUGCCAAUUUAAUCCCAUUGCUUUUAAAUACAAUGAUUUAAAAAUGUCUUUUGGGCAGGGUAGAUCAUUCAAAUCAUCUCAGCUAUUGUCGCGAGUUCAAGGCCAGUUUAUGCUACUUAGUAAGUUUUUUUUUUUUUUUCUCCAAAAGGGGAGGAGCAUCGCUUCAGCUGAAGGUCUUUGUUAAGAGAGCUUCCCUGGUAUACACAUAUACAGGCGAGGUGUCUUGUUCAAUUUCGUGUACCGCUAGAGGCAAAGAUGCAAUUAAAUGGGGGCGAGAAGGAAGAUCAAAUUAAAUAAAUACACGCGUGGCCUGUAGUUCACGCUGUCUCUGAUCAAAAUCCCUGCGUCUUCCUCCCAGAUCCCUGUCCACGUCGACUAGGAACCUGGUCGCCUUGGUUGAGCGUUUCUGUAGGGAACCGAUUUGCCAUAACACCAUUUAUGUCCCACCCCCUCCCCUACCCCCGCUCACUACAGGUUUGGCUGUUUUGAUUGGCUGUCAGUCUUCCUUCUGGUCUUUGAUUGGUCGAAGGCACCGCCGGGGUGGGAGAGGGACACUGAGGCCCCCGCUACUGUGGGAAACAGUCUUGGGCGGGUUAAGGUGCCGGGCGGCUGCAGCCAUGGCGUAAAGGCGGCUCGUGGGCGCGGCGCGUGGCAGGCCUGGAGAGGGCCUGUCCUUGCCGGCGUCCACGAAGAGCCAGGACUUCAGCCCGAUGAUGACCAACGGGGUAGUGCACGCCAACUUGUUUGGCAUCAAGGACUGGGUGACGCCCUAUAAGAUCGCCGUCCUGGUGCUGCUCAACGAGAUGGGCCGCACGGGCGAGGGCGCCGUCAGCCUCGUGGAGCGGCGGAAGCUCAACCAGCUGCUCCUGCCCCUGCUGCAGGGCCCAGAUAUUACACUGUCAAAGCUGUACAAGCUAAUUGAAGAAUCGUGUCCUCAGCUGGCAAAUUCAGUGCAGAUCAGAAUCAAGCUCAUGGCUGAAGGCGAACUGAAGGAUAUGGAACAAUUUUUUGAUGACCUUUCAGAUUCUUUUUCUGGAACUGAACCAGAGGUUCACAAAACGAGUGUAGUAGGUCUGUUCCUGCGCCACAUGAUCUUGGCCUACAGUAAGCUUUCUUUCAGUCAAGUGUUUAAGCUGUACACUGCCCUCCAGCAGUACUUCCAGAACGGGGAGAAAAAGACGGUGGAAGAUGCUGAUAUGGACCGAGAGGAUGGAGAGAAACAGAUGGAGAAGGAAGAGCUCGACGUGUCCGUGAGAGAAGAGGAAGUAUCUUGCAGUGGUCCUCUGUCCCAAAAACAAGCGGAAUUUUUUCUCUCUCAGCAGGCCGCUUUGUUGAAGAAUGAUGAGACUAAAGCCCUCACCCCAGCUUCCUUGCAGAAGGAAUUGAACAACCUGUUGAAAUUUAAUCCUGAUUUUGCUGAAGCUCAUUACCUCAGCUACUUAAACAACCUCCGUGUUCAAGAUGUUUUCAGCUCAACACACAGCCUCCUGCAUUAUUUUGACCGCCUGAUUCUCACUGGAGCGGAGGGCAAAAGUAAUGGGGAAGAGGGUUAUGGCCGGAGCCUGAGAUACGCUGCUCUCAACCUGGCUGCCCUGCACUGCCGCUUCGGUCACUAUCAACAGGCAGAGCUCGCCCUGCAGGAGGCAAUUAGGAUUGCCCAGGAGUCCAACGAUCACGUGUGUCUGCAGCACUGUUUGAGCUGGCUUUAUGUGCUGGGGCAGAAGAGAGCCGAUAGCUAUGUUCUGCUGGAGCACUCUGUGAAGAAAGCAGUACAUUUUGGGUUACCGAGAGCUUUUGCUGGGAAGACGGCCAACAAACUGAUGGAUGCCCUAAAGGACUCUGACCUCCUGCACUGGAAACACAGCCUGUCAGAACUUAUCGAUAUCAGCAUUGCACAGAAAACGGCCAUCUGGAGGCUGUACGGCCGCAGCACCAUGGCACUGCAACAAGCCCAGAUGUUGCUGAGCAUGAACAGCCUGGAGUCGCUGAAUGCGGGUGUGCAGCAGAACAAUACUGAGUCCUUUGCCGUCGCUCUCUGCCAUCUUGCAGAGCUCCAUGCAGAACAGGGCUGUUUUGCGGCUGCUGGUGAAGUAUUAAAGCACUUGAAGGACCGAUUUCCACCCAACAGUCAGCACGCCCAGUUAUGGAUGCUGUGUGAUCAAAAAAUACAGUUUGACAGAGCAAUGAAUGAUGGCAAAUUCCAUUUGGCUGAUUCACUUGUUACAGGAAUCACAGCGCUUAAUGGCAUAGAAGGUGUAUACAGGAAAGCAGUCGUACUGCAGGCUCAGAACCAAAUGACAGAGGCACACAAGCUACUACAGAAGUUGCUGACGUACUGUCAGAAGCUAAAGAACACAGAAAUGGUCAUCAGAGCUGUACUGGCGAUCUUCGUCCCCGACCAUCGCCAUGCCUGUGCUCCUGGAAGCUCUGGCCCUCUCCAAAGAAUACCGAUUGCAGUACUUGGCCUCCGAAACUGUGCUCAACUUGGCUUAUGCCCAGCUCAUCCUUGGAAUCCCGGAACAGGCCUUAACCCUUCUCCACAUGGCUAUCGAGCCCAUCCUAGCCGACGGGGCUGUCCUGGACAAAGGUCGUGCCAUGUUCUUAGUGUCCAAGUGCCAAGUGGCUUCGGCAGCGUCCUAUGACCCAGUGAAGAAAGCGGAAGCUCUGGAAGCUGCCAUUCAGAACCUCAGUGAAGCCAAGAACUACUUUGCACAAGUCGACUGCAGAGAGCGCAUCAGGGAUGUUGCUUACUUCCAGGCCAGGCUGUACCACGCUCUUGGCAAGACCCAGGAGAGGAACCAUUGUGCCAUGAUCUUCCGGCAGCUGCACCAGGAGUUGCCCGCCCAUGGGGUGCCCUUGAUUAACCACCUCUAGCCAGGACUCCCUGCUUGAUGGUGUGCAUUUAGGGGUGGGUCAUUACAUGCUAUCUUGUCAAUAAACUGUUCUGAUCAGUUUGUCUGAA